AUGCCGGAACUGGUAGAUGAGUCAAAAACGGCAAAACCUAUCCAUAAGCCAGUCAACCAGGUGUGGAUUCCGCUAAUGGACUCCCUGGACAAAGACCUGGUGAUGGAGCAGAGACAAGGAAGGCCGUUUGAAGUCAUCCAAACUCUGCCACUCUCGCGGGAAGAACCUGACUAUGGAUCUCUGGUGAACAAGUUGAGCAUGAAGGAUAGUGCCACAUUAUAUAAUUCACUGAUUGUGUCUCGCCAUAAUUGGGCAAACUACGUGUUUGAUGCGUAUUGGAGUCGGAAAGAACAGUACGGCAACACGGCGGCAAGCGACAGGAAGCGCGACAAGAUGAGCAAGUUGUGCGACUCAAAAAUUUAUGCUGGCCCCCAUAGUUUUGACAUCAGACUGUUUAUACUGAAGGAUGAGGAAAAGGAGAAGAAGAGACUCGAUGAGAUUGAGAAGAGAAGGGAGGCCAAGAAGAAGGCCCAGGCUGUGCAAAUGCCAGUUGGAGGCACACAGCCGGUGGGAGUUCAAUCUGGAGGGCAAAUGGGAGGAGAAAACCGCACGGAGCAGCAAUCUGUCGGCGCUGCACCAGUAGUCGGAUCCCCUGUGGUUCAAAAAACCGUUGAGCAAUGCUCCAAUGAAGCUGCAAUUCCACCCUCUAUGGCCAGAGAAGAUGGCCAAGUGGACACAGACACAGAUGCACAGAAACCUGGAGAGACUGAAACUUCAUCGGAUAAAAAUUUGGAGAGUUCAGCAAGCAAAGACGCUACUCCAGAGGCUGUAGCUGAGACGGAAAGUCAGGCUGAAGCAGAGGCUGAAGCAGAUACUGAAGCUAAGACCGACGCUAAGACUGAAGCAGAGACUGAAAUGAAGUCUUCUAAGGCUGAUGAUACGACAAAGAGUACCGCAUCGGUUGAAAUCCAGAAACCAAUACCCCCAAUAAGCAGAAUGAACAAUGCUGUCACAGCCUCAAAGCCACCACAAAUCUCUGCUCCAAGACCAAAGUUACCGAUUCCGCCACCACAAAGACCUGUUUCUCAGGCUAGAUCUGAUAUCAUGUCUUCACCUGAGAACCAUAUUAUGAUCUCUAACCUCAACACUAUUGCUAGGACGGACCCAUCUUUAAACGCAUUGAUGAAGAUUGUGGCAUCUGGAAAUGCGACCCACGACCAAAUUCUGCAGUUCCAAAAGUAUAUUCAGAAAGCAAAGGAAAUGGGGGAUGUGAAUGGGUAUUACAAGAAAUGGCAGGAGCAGCAGCAACAGUUGCAGCUGCAGCAGAGGCUCCAAUUACAACGGCAUAAUGAACAGAUCAGGCAGCAGCAGUUGAAUCAAGCUAAGGCCAAUGCAGUUCCAAAAGAGGAAAAACUUACUGCUUUCCAGGAGAGGUAUCUAACUGAUGCAACUAUUGUGUUCGAGUUCCACGAGAACACCGCCGUUAGGUUUUAUUUGCCCAAAAAUGCAAUCGUUGAGCUUCACGAAAAGCCCGAGACGGAGGCAAAGAAGACUGAAGGAAACGAAGAGAAAAAGGAAGAUACACAGCAACAGGAAAAACAAUCAGAGACAGAAAAUGAUAAAGGGAAAAAUGAUGAUUCCGAGAGUAGCUCUAAGCCAGAGACUGCCGAGGGAGAUUCUGAGGCUACGAAGGCGGCAACUCAGCAAACAACGCCUCCCAAAAUGCCAGCGUCAACCUCCAAGAAGCAGAAGAAGUCUCCUUUCGUUCCAGAGAUCAUAAUAUCAUUCUUAUCAAUACAUAAUCAGUAUGAGAUUGACGAGUUUGAUCGUUUGAAGAGAGAAGAAGAAGAACGUGUCAGGAGAGAAGAAGAAGAGGAGAAAAAGCGCAGAGAGGAGGAGGAAGAAGAACGCAAGAAGCAGGCUGAGGCUGAGUCAGAACAGAGUCAGAAAGAAAGUGACCAGCCUGAAUCACCAUCCUCAGCUCCAAAGAAGAAGCCACACCGCAAGGCCAAGAGAUGGUCUGUGACGAGGCGUUCGACACGACAGCAGUCUCAGUCUCAUGCUGAAGUUAAAAAGGAGGAGAAGGAGACGGAGGUAAAAAGGGAAAAUGAAGAAAAAGGUACCAGACCCGCUCCUCAAUAUUCAUGUAUCACGAUUAAACUUACUGAUGUGCCUCUACGUUUCUUCCCGAUGAUCAAGAAUAGCGUGAACCCACAGAAAGAGGUUUUGGAAUACAUGGAAGAGAUCCGUAAAACUGGUAAAAAGGCAGAGGAGAUGAACGUUUGGUUCCAUCUGGACGGUGCCAAGGAUGAACUUCUUGCUGAGACUUUGAGAUACAAUCUGAAUAGAUUGGAUUAUAUGAAUGGAGGAGGGAAGCUCAAGGGAAAGGCCAUGUUGAAGAGACUGACCGAAAGGUCUGAAAUAGACUCUACUCCAGCAAAGAAGCCAAAGAAUUGA